GUGGAAAAAAGGCGAAGUCACAGCCUUUUUGGACGAGGAGGCGGAUUACAGAAGGUCCGUGCGCCACAGCUGAACACGCACCGUCCUGUCUCUGCGCGCACUCUGGUCUCCGCCGCGCGCAACUCCAUGGAAAGUAAACUCGACGGAAGAAUGAGCACCAUCAGCACCUCCAUCUCAGAUUCUACCGAUUCGAGAGUAUGUAACUCGAUAGAAAGUGGAUACAAUGAGAAUAAAGUAUCCAACGAGUCGCAGUUUCUGCCCUGCAUGUCCGCGUCGUCCGUGCGUAAUUUUGGACACGUUGGCGCACUGGAUCAAACUGGGAUUCCAAGUGGCGCAGACGCACUUUACAGAGACUGUAACUUACUCGAUAGUUCUCUUUCUGGAAAACACUUUUAUGAUCGUAGUAGUGAUUUUCUCAAGUGUGACACCGUGCCGUGGGAAGAUUUUAUGAAAGUGCAAAGGACGAACGUGGGCGCGUCUGAAACUUUGCGCCUGUCCUCCUCAACCGGAUCGUGUAAAUACAUAAAAGAUGAAAAAGAGCCUUCUGUGAUCAUGGAGCCACCUUGUCCCAGCUUUGACGCACCAUCCAACAUCCCCCCUCUGGACCCCUGCUGUGAAUCCGACGGGAAGCAGCCGCAUCUGGGGCUCGGGGACGCGGAAUCCACCGGUUACGCGGCUCCUCCACGGACGAACCAAGAAGGAUCCCCGGGUUUUCUGAUCGAUCUGAACCAGACGGAGCCCCUUCCUCCUCCUCCUCCUCCUCUGGCCCAGGUGAGGACCGACUCCAGGUGUGGCGCAUCCGGGAAAACCGGGAUGAACUUCGACGCCAGUUCGGCUCAACAACUGUCCGUCUACAAGAGUGAGGUUCCCCGGUGGCAGAUGCAGAGCUCACCGGCUGAGUCCCAGUUCUGGGGUCAGUCCACGGGGGCCAACGAGGACCCCUUCACGCACGGAGGAGGGUUCGAUGGGGUCCAGAACCAGGCCAUGUCUCAGAGGAACCCCUCACCUUUCACCUCAUUCCCUGGUAUGCCGCCUCAGAGGCUGUGUGUGAUCUGUGGAGACGAAGCAUCUGGUUGUCACUACGGAGUCUUAACCUGUGGAAGCUGUAAAGUCUUUUUUAAACGAGCAGUCGAAGGCCAUCAUAGCUAUCUGUGCGCCGGGCGAAAUGACUGCAUUGUGGACAAAAUCCGGAGGAAAAAUUGCCCUGCGUGUCGCCUCAGAAAGUGCUAUCAAGCAGGAAUGAUGCUUGGAGGCAGGAAACUGAAGCGCUUCGGGGCCUUGAAAGCCUUGGGUUUGGCCCCGUCCCUGAUGUUCCAGUCGCACUUGGCCAUGUCAAACGACAACCAGGCCUUGACCUCCAUGUCUUGUAUACCGGGCAUCCGCGAGGUGCAGUUCUCCCAGCAGAUCAUCAAUAUCCUGGAAAACAUCGAGCCGGAGGUCGUGUACUGCGGUUACGAAAACUCGCAGCCCGAAGUCCCCCACCUCCUGCUCAACAGCCUCAACAGGCUGUGUGAGAAACAGCUGCUGUGGAUCGUCAAGUGGUCCAAGUCUUUGCCAGGAUUUCGUAACCUUCACAUCAAUGAUCAGAUGACCCUGAUCCAGUACUCCUGGAUGAACCUGAUGGUGUUUUCUCUUGGGUGGCGUUCCUUUCAGAAUGUCACCAGCGAAUAUUUAUACUUUGCUCCCGAUCUGGUUCUUAGCCAGGAGCAAAUGAGGAGAUCCCCGAUUUACGAUCUUUGCCUGGCAAUACAGUUCAUCCCUCAGGAGUUUGCGAAUCUUCAGGUUUCUCGUGAGGAGUUUCUCUGCAUGAAAGCCAUAAUAUUACUCAACACAGUGCCUCUGGAGGGCCUCAAAAGUCAGGCGGCAUUUGAAGAGAUGCGACAAAACUACAUCCGAGAACUAUCCAAAGCCAUCCACAUGAAGGAGAAGGGCGUGGUCGCCAGCUCCCAGCGCUUCUACCACCUCACCAAACUGAUGGACGCCAUGCACGAUAUAGUGAAGAAGGUCAACCUGUUCUGUCUGAGCACCUUCAUCCAAGCAGACGCCAUGAAAGUGGAGUUUCCAGAAAUGAUGUCAGAGGUCAUUGCCUCCCAGCUUCCCAAGGUCCUGGCAGGCAUGGUGAGGCCGCUCUUAUUCCACAGCAAGUGACGACGCCAACGACUCUGGAUAGGUUUUAUGACUGGAUCCUUCUCCCAACGUGUACUGGAGACUUCACGGCCUUCGCUAAUGUAGUCAGUUGAAAGUCAAGUUUGCCAGAUUGCCUCAAAUAUUCCUUUAAGGUCAUACAAAAACAUGUUUCCUAAAAGUGUUUUUUUUUUUUUUUUUUUUUUUUUUUAAGUAGAGAUAUAUAUGGUUUAAGUUGGUAAAUAAAGCUCCUCUGUAAAAGGCUGUUAAGAUCUGGUGUAACCGUAUUCCACAUCCACUUACCACUUGUGACAGAUGGUACCAGCUUGCAUAGAGGACCACUAAUGAUACUAAUGUGUUUUUAAUUAAGAUGCUAAAUGAAAAGAAAAGAAAAUGUUUUAGUCUGAGAGGCACUGAGGCAGAGAAAGUCAGCAUAUAUAAUUCAGGGAAGAGUAAAUUAAAAAAAAAAAAAAAAAAAAAAAA